CUUCAGAUAAGAUGUAAUCCGUGGAAAUAACAUCACGUGCUCCCAAAAAUAUAAAAAAUUUUUCACACUCAAGAAAGUGGAUUGUCGACAAUGGUCAUGCCAUGGAGCAAUGGAGGUGUCGUUGAGUGCAUAAAUAACUCACACGUGUUCACGAUAAAUUGACAAAUUGAGAGUAUUGUCAUCUGUUUGUCGCCUGGUUCAGGGCCUAGACUCGCUGUUCCCCUCAGAUGCUGAAUGUUGUGGAGCUUGUGGAGUGUUUGUGUUGGAGACCUUAAUUAUCUCAAGUAGUAUGGAAGGCCAACAGUUUUGCUUGAGAUGGCACAAUUUUCAAAAUACUCUACUCAGUUCAUUGCCAAAAUUGCUCGACGGCGGAUAUUUGACUGAUGUUACGCUUAGCGCCGGUGGUAGACACAUUCGUGCACAUAGGAUUAUACUAUCAGCUUGUAGCUACUACUUCAAAGAAUUGUUCAAGGACUUGAGUGCAUUACAGCACCCUGUAAUUGUUCUACCCGGUAUGGAGUAUGCAAAUUUAUGUGCCCUAGUCACCUUCAUGUACAACGGUGAGGUAAACAUAUACCAGGAACAACUGCCUGCCCUCCUGGCAAUGGCUGAUACCCUCCACAUUCGAGGACUAGCUGAUAUUGCUGGGAAGAAUUCACGUCGGGAUUCUAAUGGAAUUUACGUUGAUCCUCCAUCGGAGGAGACUGAGUUGACCGAAGCACCAGUGAAAAAAGAAAUAAUUGAGUCCCCACCAGUGCCUGAUACUCCAGAUAAUACCACUGCACCCUCCAUUCCCCACGAGCCCGAGAACAAUGAUCUCGAGGAUGAUUAUCAGGAUCACGAGGAGAUUCCCUGCAGUGUUAAAACCAAACCAUAUUACUCGAUAAAUGCAAAAUUAUCGCAGAAGGAGAAAAAACAGUGCUCAACGAAUGGUCCACCCAAGCAGAUGGACAAGACAUUGCUCGAGGAUAAAGGGGACGAGAGCAUGGUAAUUGCUGAUGAUCAAAGCUGCAGUAUUGAUGAGGGCAAGACAUCAAUUAUUGAUACGACAUUUCGAUACUUGACGACACCAUCAGCGAGGAACAGUCAGAGUUGCAAUAAGACGAGUGUCACGUGUUUAAUUUGUGGAAAGCAGUUGAGCAAUCAGUACAAUCUGAGGGUUCACAUGGAGACUCACAGCAACAGUUCAUACAGCUGUACUGCUUGCUCUCAUGUAUCGAGAUCCAGGGAUGCCCUGAGAAAACAUGUUUCUUAUCGACAUCCUGUUGCUACACCCCAGAAACGCCCUCGGUACAGUAUCACGAAGCCGUAGGGUUUUUUUUUGGAGAAUAUCGUUUGUUCAGGGAAUUUCUCUUGUUUCCACGGGAUGGAGGGGUGAGUCGAUUUUUUUUCGGGGAAUCGUCGUUGAUUGAGGGGCUUUUUCCCUUAAUUCUAGAAAUGUCAGGAUUGGGCUGGGCUUUUUUAGGUUGAAUUUCGGUGAAAUUCUUGGAGAUAUUUGUCGAAUUGUUUUUGCUAAGAGUCGGCUCACUUCGUUCAACAAGUUCAGUGCUGAAUCAUCAAUUUUUGAAGAAAUGGGGAAUAAUAUGUGUACAUAAACUCGACGAGACCUGAAGCGACUGUUUGGAUAUCUAGUCCACUUUUAUAGCUAAUUUUCUGCUAAUCUUGUUGAGGCUCAUGCGGAAAACGGAAAGACAAAAUGAAUUAGUUUUACUUGUUUUAAGUUGUUAAGUGGUUUAAAUGAUCCUUAUUACCCACCUGUUGGUUUUAUUUCCUUCGUUUUCCUCGUGAUAAUUAUUGGGACUUUUAUUUUUGAGAGAUAAUACUAUGAAUUUCAAUAAUAUUAUUAAUUAUUCCUGUACUGUAGAUAACUUAAUU